AUGUCGACCGUUCAACAGCCAAGAGACGAUCGAACAGUGUCCCGUGGAAAUCGCACCUUUGCGCAGUUCUCGCUCCUCAACGACGUCUAUUGCAUACCUGUCGAUGAGGCUGAGGGAAACAGACUCGAUGAAUUGAAUCGUAUUCUGCGUGAGGUAUGCGGUGAUCGGGUCGUCCUUCCGCAAGAGCACUUCCCACCGCCAGGCGUCGAUGAGCCUGCCGUGCUUGACUGUGGAUACGGGAAGGGAGCUUGGAUCGAUGAUCUGCUCGAACAGUACGGAGCUUAUGAGUGCGAUGUCACGGGUGUUGACCUAUAUCUAGGCGAUAGUGCCGAGGAGGACGACGACGACGAUGACGAGGACGAUGAUGAUAGCGAUGCGGAAACAGUUCAAGAGUUCGUCAAAAAGAGAUGGAACCUGAACGCACGCUUCAGUGCCGACCAUAGUGCGGAUCGUCUGAGGCCUGAGUCCUUCGACUUGAUCAACAGUCGUUUCCUGUCGGAGGGCAUUGAUACGGAUCGAUGGGCCUCCUAUGUGAUGGACUUGAAAAGACUCCUAAAGCCAGGCGGUUGGCUGCAGAUGAUUGAACUGGAGUUCCUGUUCCAGUCGCACAGUGGGCGACUUUCGUUGGACCUCACCGAGCCUUUGCGAUUAUGGACCGAGUGGUACGACACCACUAUGCGACAAAGUAAUCGGGACCCUCGAGCCGGCUCGCGGCUACGUGGAUAUCUUUAUUCUGCUGGAUUCGACGAGAUUCAGCAUCAUCGACGACAUUUAUUUGUCGGUAGUUGGAACCCAAGUAAGAUUAAUGUGGGAACAGCAAAGUCAUGGCAGAAGCUUACCACUCUCAGCUUCCGCAUCACUUGGAGAAGAUAUCCAGAACAAUUUGCACAGAACCCUGGAAACGGUCUUGCUCUGGCCCUGUGUCGGUCAUCCCCAUGGGCAGUCACCAGCAAUGCCAGCUGCAUCUUAUACCCAACUCGUAGCCGGAGCACAAAGACAGAUUCGCGAUGA